GAUGCUGGAGGGAGACUCAUUAUAGCUUCAGAUGGUAUAUGGAAUAUAUUGUCUUCUGAUAUGGCUGCCAAAGCUUGUCGUGGUUUAUCUACCGAGCUUGCUGCUAAACUUGUUGUUAAGGUUUGUACAUCAACUCCGAUCUAGAUUCCUUUUAGACUCUGAAUCAUAUGAUGUUGUUUAUUUUCAGGAAGCAUUGCGAACAAAAGGGUUGAAGGAUGAUACUACUUGUGUCGUUGCUGACAUAGUUCCAUCUUGUGUAGAAGAAUUGUUUGAAGAAGGAUCUGCUGUGCUUGCAGAUAGAUUGGGAAAGGAUCUUCCCUCAAAUACGGAAACAGGGCUCUUGAAAUGUCCUGUAUGCCAAAUAGAUCAAUCUCCAGCUGAAGAUGUAUCAAGCAACGAGGGUCCUAUCAUCUCUUCAGCAUCUAAGCGAUGGGAAGGUCCCUUCCUAUGCACAGUAUGCAAGAAAAAGAAAGACGCCAUGGAAGGAAAAAGACCAAGCAAAGGGUUCAGUCACCACUUGAAACCACUUUUUGUUUCUCGCAUUCUUUACUUUUCUCCUUUGUAAAAAAAAGGAAUUGUACAAAAAAGCAAAGAAGGAAAAUUGUCGGAAAAAGAAGAAAUCGAAAAGUCAACAUCGUCAAACUAAGAAAGUUGAUUCUUUUUGUACUCCAUCCGUUUUUGGUAUAUAUA